AUGAACGGGCAGGACUACGGCUCGGGGCUGCUCGACCAGGCGGGGUCCCAGUACCUCGAUCAGAUGGGCCAGCCCGGCGGAGUCAUGCCCUCAAUGGGCGGCCGCGGCCCGGGGAUGCCGGGGCAACAACAGAUGUCGGCGGCGCAGCAGCAACAGAUGCAGCAGAUGCAACAGCAGCAGGCGCAGCAGCAAGCGGCGCAGCAGCAGCAGAUGCAGCAGCAGCAGCAGCAGCAGCAGCAGCAGCAGCAGGCGCAGCAGCAGGCGGCGGCGCAGCAGCAGCAGCAGCAGCAGCAGCAGCAGCAGCAGCAGCAGGGCGGGGGCAUGCCCGGCCAGCAGCCCGGCCAGCAGCCGAUGCAGCUGAUGCUCGUCAAUGUGCCUCCCAACGUGCACGCGGGGGAGCAGAUGGUGGUGAUGACGCCGACGGGGCAGCAGUACAUGGUUGUGGUUCCGCAGGGCGCCGGCCCCAACUCGCAGUUCCAGAUUGCGGUGCCGCGCCCGCCCGAGCCAUCCAUGAUGCAGUACGGGCAGCCCGGCGCGAUGCCGCCUGGAUACGGCGGUGCAUGGCCCGCCCCACGCCUGAGAGCCUGA